AUGAAUGCCUUGUCUUUAAAAACCAUUUUUAUGACCUUUUUGUUCACCAUGGCAAUGACAAUUCUCAGUCAAAAGCAGGGAGAAUACGAGAACAUGAGGAUUGCCUUGCUAACUGGGCCCAAUGUCCAUUUGUUCGAGCACUUUGCUUGUGCCAGUGGCCAGCUAGACACCCGCAAGCAAUUAAUGAUUGCUUUUCAGCCAUUCUUUGUCUGCCCCCAGCGAUCUGGUCGUCAGCGGUGUGCUGCCCUCAGAAUGAGAUUUUCAGAGCAAACCAGGGAACCAGAUACCCAAGCAUGUUACCAAAUGCUUUGUGUUUUAAAACAGUGUUAUUACUGCAAGGAUGAUGUGGGCUUCCUAGUUCUCUCUCCCCACACCUCUCUCUCUCUCUCUUCUCCCUCUGAAAAGCCACUUUUGUUCCUCACAAUGCAGUUUAUGUCACUUCUGAGUUUGAAGAAGUUCUCUUGCAUUGGCAGGUUGCUGUUCUGGAACUCUGCUUGUGAUGGGAGGUGA